AUUUCACGAAUAAUUUCGACUGCACUGGAAGAUGGAUUUUUUCAACACAGCAGACUUUAAUCUGGAAAAGUAUUUAAAAGAAUCGUAUGGUUCAGUGGAUGUCUUAAUCGAUCGAGCCAAGAAGGGAGAAUUAUUUUCCCAAAUUGAACUUGGUAUCGCUUAUGGUGAAGGUGUACAAGGAUUCGUAGAGAAAGACACCGAGAAAGCUAUUGGCUGGCUAGACACAGCUGUCACAAAUGGCUGCAUUUUUCCCUCGGUAAUACAAAGACUUGGUCAAUUACUAGAUGAAACAGCAGAGCCACGCAACCAGCGAAAGGCGUAUGAUUUGUAUCACAAGGCAGCCCUUCUUGGUAGUACACCUGCACAGCUUAAUUUAGCUGAAAUGUAUCGAUGUGGAUUGGAAGGAGUAGUAAACGAAGACAUCAAAGAAGCGUUUGAAUGGUACAAAAAAGCUGCAGGGGAAAGUACAGUCGAAUAUAGCUCAGAGACGGGAGGUAUAGGUCUUCUUCUUGCCGGAACAGUGAACAGAAUAGAGAAUGCUUUUAGUAAUUCUCGACAAACUGCCUUGUCAUCUUUGUUCAAGCAUUAUCUUGAAGGUAACUGCCCAGAAGGGAGACCGCAGCCAACGAAAGCUGUCUAUUAUCUUACCAAAGCAGCUGAACUGGGUGAUACAAAAGCACAAAGGGAACUUGGGGAAAUAUGUUUGACCGGAAGUUGUGAGCAAAUCAAGGAUUUGAAGAAAGCAAGGCGUUGGCUAGAGAAAGCUUCUUCUUCUGGUGAUGUCAGGGCAAAUCAGCUUCUCCAGCAGUGUGGAAAGGAUGAGGAUGUACUGCAUGAUGCUCCUGAUAUUAGUGAAGAAGCCAUUGAGCAAUGUCAUGCCAUUCAGGAGGAGAAAUGUAAGGAAAGAGCUGAUGCAAAUAGGCAUCCAUUUGCAAUUUAUAAACCUGUUGCUUUUUCGGAGGAAAUGCUGCAGAAGUAUCUUUGGUCCCCAACAGCAAGAACUUACCUUCAUGCCUACAAAUUGGUAAAAGAAGGCCUUGAAAUCUUGUGCAAGAGUGAUUUCACAGAUGAAAAAGGAAUUACCCUUAUUGCUCAUGGAUACCUGACAGAAUUUUCUGUACUGCAAGCAUUCCCACAUAUGCAAAAUGAUUUAUUGCCUAAUAUAAUUCAACUUUGUGAAAAAACUUUGAUAAAAAAUCCUUGCUUUUUUGAGGGACUUCUUUUGACAAUUGCCUUGCAUGGUCUUAAGUUGGGGGAAAGUUUUGAGAAAAUUACCCAAGACAACAGAAGAAUAAAGAUGUCCAUAGUUAAUUUAAUAAAUUUGAUAAAAAAAGCAGAACCCAACAGCCUUCCCUCUGAAGAUCAGUAUGAGUUUGACAAAAGCUAUAGUAGCUGGCUUCAUGUUUUGUAUAACUACUUGGCAGCAAUAUACUGCGUUGAUGGUCUGCAUGAGUUUUCAGCUGAAUUUUUUACAACUUCCCUUGAGUGCUGCCCAUCUAACUUUGAGGCAAAAAGAGGAAUUGGAUUUUCCUUAAUGCAGCUUUACAUUUCUAAAAAUUCCUCUGAAAAACUGGAAUUCAGCUCAUUAAAUAUCAAGAUACAGUCGGUCUCUUUUCCAAGAGUAUUAACAUGGACAAAGGAGGAACUGAGGAAAAAUGCAGUCAAGAUGCUGAAGGAAUAUCUAGAAGAAGCCCCUUCUUGUUCAAGAUGGUAUCCCAAUGUUUGUUACUAUCUUGCAAAUAUUGCCUCUCAGUCAUUGGAAAAAAAUUUGCAAGAAUUCAGAAUGUAUUUUGAAAUGGGCCAGAAUGCUGAGGAAAAUAGACUACCCUUCUUCCAACCAGUUGAUCUACCAAUUAAAGAUUCAAUGAUUCCACUCUACCAGCUAUUUGCCAAUGUACAGCCACCUGCACACUGUGGAAACAAGGUUUGUACAGAAGAAGUUAAGCAGACUGAAUUAAAAUUCUGUGGCAAGUGUAGAAAGAUAAGGUAUUGCAGCAGAGCCUGUCAAAGAGCUGACUGGAAGAAUCACAAAGCUGAAUGUACUACAGCCAAAGAACCCAAGUCAAAGAAUGAACUUGAUGAACUUGAUUAAUGGAGGUUGAUGGUGGUCUAUGAAAAAUUGUCUAAAAAGUAUGUAAGACCUUCCUAGGAAAAAGUGAAUUGCAGGGGUGUUAUUUUAACUGAAGUUUUGAAGUGGCAACCUCAAGUUCAGGUUACAUUGGAAGUCAGCUACCUAGCCAAGUCGUCCAAUUGGCCACUUUUUAUUCACCCGGUUUUCAUAGCAUGAAGCAAUUUGGAGUAUUAAUUGUUAUUCCCACUGGAUAGUAAGCUAGUUCAUUUUAGGUUACACCUAGCAUGAGGCACUCCAGACAGUAAAACCAUACCCAUUUCUACUGGUUGGAGAGAUGAACCGUGAGGGUUAAGCUUCUCGCCUGAAAACAAAGCACAUGUUGAUAACUUACAAAGUUCACUGACCACAGCGAUCUCCGAGGUCAACCAAUGGGCAACAGCCAAUAAACUUCCUCUCAAUGAGAACAAGACAAAAUGAAGUGCUUACCAUCACUGGUAAGCGACUCUCAACCAGAAUUGAACAUGAUCUUGAGGUUCUUAUAAAUGGAAAGCAACUUGAAAAUGUGCAGUUUGCAAAACUUUUGGGACUGGAGAUAGAUCAAGAAUUAACAUUUAUUCCUCCUACUGAUAAAUUAUGCAAACAAUUAUCACAGAGAAUAGGCAUUUUGAAGAAGAUCAGAUACUCCACUAAAACAUCGCCUUCUAUUUUAUAAUGCUAUGAUAAGACCAGUAAUGGAUUAUGUAAAUGUUGUUUGGUCCAGCUGUGACAAACAUUGCCUCAAACCGUGUCUUAAAGCUCCAGAAAAGGGCUGCUAGGAUUAUUUUAGAUGCUGAUUCUCGAGCCUUCUCUGUAAAGUUAUA